CCUGCUUCCGCCUUGCAUUUGCACGCCGGGGAGGAAGGGAGCGCUUGCAAGGAGGCUGUUGCAGAAAGGGGCGAGGGGUCCUUCCGGAGGGUCUCCGGCCCAGGGACACUGCAAGGGGGGGGGCAGCCCUCCCAGGAGGGAGAUCUGGCUCAGGCCAAAGGGGCCCCUUUUGCAUCCUGCUCGAGAGUGGCGUCGGUGGACCUCUUUUCCUAAUCCGAGCUUCACAACAACCCGGCAAGGGGGGAAAAAAAUGUCUGAAACACACCCGGCAGCGGAAGAAUACCCGACAGAGAUACAGGAUUACCUUUCAGCCUUUGAAAAAUCUCUUGGUUCUGUAGAUGACACGCUCAAGACGAUGAUGUCCGUAUCUAGGAGCGAACUUCUCCAGAAGUUGGAUCCCCUUGAACAAGCAAAAUUAGAUCUGGUCUCAGCUUAUACAUUGAAUUCACUGUUCUGGGUAUAUCUCACCACUCAAGGAGUCAAUCCAAAGGAACAUUCUGUGAAACAAGAGCUGGAGAGAAUACGAACCUACAUGAACCGAGUGAAGGAGAUCGCGGACCGGAAAAAAGCGGCCAAGCUGGACAGAGGCGCGGCCUCGCGAUUCGUGCGGAACGCACUGUACGAACCGAAACCGCAGAACGAGGCGGCCAAGAAAUCUCCUCUUCUGGCCAAAAAGAAGAAAACACGCUAGGAGUGCCACGGUCUGUGGUAAUUGUGUACGAGGGGGAGGAUAUAUUUUUAAGGACGCUUUUCUCCGUUUUAUAUACAUGUUGACGAAGAAGAUGGGAUGAACAACAACUCGAGACUGUAUUCUUUUCCCAACUGCAGUAUUCCAGUCUGUGUUGUGAAUGAAUUCCUGAAAACGAAAUUGCUUGCCAGACAAUGAGCUUCUGGCUUUUUAGUGACGCAAAAUACACGAAUGCUCUGUUCAGCUAGUCUAACCCCAACCCCUUUUCGAUAUGCAGAACGACCAGUUAUUUGUACACGAACUUUAUAACAGUAAGCGUGAUGGUACAACUUGUGAACUGAAUCAACAGUGUUCCAAAAUAUCAGCCCUUGGACACCUCCUUCUCCUUUUCUGUGGUGGGGCUAAGGGAAGCCAAAUGAGUUGUACAUCUGUGUGCUAAAUAUCCUCUUAGACACAAUCAUAUGCUUCCGUCUCCAACCUGAACUGGGUUCUCCUCUGUAUAGUUACCGCCACUCCCACCUCUUACAUUGCCAUCAGUGGCCCCCUCGCUCCCAAUUGAGAAGUGACCCCCGUUACCCAGGAUACAUUUUGCAGAUGUCAGGAACCUACUACACCCUUGUCUGAUUUUCCCAUCUAACUAUUCACGAACAAUAUACUGGACUGGCUCUGUAAUGUAAGGCUAUACAAGAUAACUGUUGUUUUCAUGUUGGGUUCAUACUUGGCAAAAAUAAUAUAGUGAAGCCUUGAUACUUUUGCUGUCCUGUUAUUCAGUAAAUACUGAGCUCCAAACAAA